CAUUGAUAAGUUCGUCGGGAUGUGUCCGGGAAAGGAGAAGCUGGUCAAAGGAUACUUUAGCAAUAUGAAAUUGAGACACGGGGCGAACGGAACGACUGCAGAUUACAAGGUCGUCCUCAAGGAGGAUUUUCCUCCGAAUCUCUCGGUGAGUCGAGUGAAAAUUUCUUUAUUGUUGAUGGUAAUUUUUUUUUCCUUUCUUAAAGAGCGUGAUGAAAGUGGAAAAGUGCAAGUCCAAAGAGAACAUGGACACUUGCGUUCCGAUGUCCACUAUGAAGACGAGACAGUAUUGCAGAUUGCUUCUGAACAAUAAAGCUAACGAAGCUUGGAGCUCGUUCUUCUCGUGCAUCAGACCGGUCUAUCAAUGUCCGAUGAAGAAGGGAACUUACAUAGGUACGAACUGCACCUACAACAUGGAUAUGUUCCAACUUUUCCCAUUGGGCGGAUACUUUUGGAAAUUUCACGUGGAAGUCAAUCAUCCGAAGACCAAUAAUCUGGUGAUGUGUUUCGACAUGGACUUCAGUACGACCACUAAAUACUAA